AUGACGAAGAAGUAUGGAUGGCCAGAAGACCUUUUUGGUGAUUUCAAAGACUAUACACGUAUAGAUGAUUAUCACAAGAUUUCUAGUCUUGACUAUCCUGAAGCCUACAACUUCGCGGGGCAACAUUCCAUUGCAGGCCACGAAUUGGUGCAUGGAUUCGAUGAUGAAGCACUCAGUGUUGCCCAGAAAAGAAUGGUACAAUACAAUGUGCAAAUGGUGCGACGACACAAGGAGAAAACAUUGCAGAUAUUGGAGUUUCUCACAUCUUCAUCCACUUUUAGAUUGCCUGGAUUAGAGCGAUUCUCGCAUAAUCAAUUGUUUUGGAUUGUGAAUGGGUUUGGUUGGUGCGAGAGUAGCAGCGAAAAACGUCUAAUCAGACAACUACUCACUGACGUCCAUUCUCCACAUGUAUGCCGAGUAAACCAGGUUGUACAAAAUAUUCCUGCAUUUGGCAAAGAUUUUGGCUGCUCGCUGGGCCAGAACAUGUAUCCUGCACCUGAGCAACGAUGUUCAGUCUGGACAAAAGAUUAA